AUGGCGACGAUGAUGAGAGACGAUGAUGAUCAACGCGAGGGUUUGAUGAGAGAAAGGAGAACGUUUGAUCUUUUAGCGAGGUUGCUUGUCGCUUUCCGUGACGAAGAAACAAGAGCGACGAGACGUGAAGAAGAAGAAGAACAGAGAAAAAGAUUCUUGAUCGAUUGCGUAACUGGGGAAGCCGCGAGAUCUUUACUGGGAAAACGAAAGACUAUGGAGCGCCGCGAGAGUCAAGAAAACCCUAACCGUCUUGAUCACGCUUCCUCUUCUUCUACUUCUUCUUCGUCAAGUUUGUCCUCCGUAGAGUCCGAGAAGCGUCUUGCGGUGGUCCCGAUCAGAGCAGUGCCGAUUAGAGAAUUAAAACCGCCGGUUAAAAGAAAGCCGCCGGUUAGACAGCCGGUCAUCAGAAGAGAGAGGGGGGAGACGCCGGAGUGGCUGGUUAACCUAAUGAGAGAAGAGGACGGUGUGGACGCGAAGCUCGUCAUCGAAAAGGAUCUGAUGAAGAGUGAUCUCGCGACAAACCUAACGCGUCUCUUGAUUCCAUGGAACCAGAUGGCGGAGAUGGACUUCUUGAGCGAGGAAGAGCAGAGAAACAUAGAUGACCAUUUCAACAAGAAGCGUCUGACGGGAGUGGAUGUGAUCUUGGUCGAUUCUAAUCGCCGAAAGUGGAAUCUUAACCUCAGGAGAUGGGAUAUGAAGAACAGUUGCAACUACGUCUUGGUUACCGGUUGGACCAAGGUCUUUCGCCAUAACCGGUUACAGGUAAACCAGAGGAUUCACCUCUGGUCCUUCCACUCCAAAGGCAGGCUCUACUUAGCUCUCGUUCCUCCUCCGCAGCCUCAAGCUCUGGCUCUAGCUGCAGAUCAAGAUCGGGUUGUGGCUCAACCUCUGGCUCAAGCUACAGAUGCAGCUUCUUCUUCACCCGUGGCUUCAGUUGUUACUAGAGAUUUUGACGUGAUAUUUGGACGUGAAGCUAGUCUUGAGGCUGAAGAAGAGAGUAACAGGAGGUUUGUUAACUUUCCAAAGAGAAGGAGGACUGGUCGUGUUCCGGUUCCUAAGCCGACUAGAGAUUCCGGAGAAAUCAACUGGAUGGCGGUGGAGAUUGCUCCUAUGGAGGCUGUACAAGAGACAAUUAGCUGGACUUGCCGAGUUCCGGUUCCUGAGACGACUAGAGAGUCCGGAGAAUUCAACUGGAUGGCGGUGGAGACGGCUCCUAUGGAGGCUGUACAAGAGACAAUUAGCUGGACUUCACCACACUCUGACGAGGAUCUGGAUCUGGAGCUCCGGUUAUUCAGCGUAAGCUUCUCUAUCGUCGCUCACUUUGUGGGAUCAAGAUUUCGUGCAACCAUGGCUGGGGUUAUGCAGAAGUUCCUUGUUGCAUCGAUGUUCAUGUGGAUUCUUCCUAUUGCUAUAUUAUAUGGAUUCAACAAUGAUCUGCUUCCUGGUUCAACAACGAUGUCUCCUCACUCUCUAACGCUACUGAGUGGAUUUCUUGCGGUGGUAUCAGUCAAUGUAGUGAUUGUGUUCUACAUCUGCUUGGCCCUCAAAGAACCUGCGGCUAAACACAAGCCAGACGCUUCGUUUGUCGCACAGGCCGAAGACAGUGUGAAGAAAUUGACAUUGGGAGUCCCAAGUACUGAUCCGGCGCUCAAGAAACAAGAGUAG